CAAAUUUCUUUUUUUAAAAAUGAGUUGUUCAGAUGAAGAUGAAAAUCUUUUAAAGAGAAGAAAAAAAGAAGUUGUUAAUUCAGAAAGAUAUAAAAGGAAUGUAAUUAAGAAGGCUAAAGUGUCAGGAAAAGAAGAUAUAAACAUGGUUGGAAAAACAAUACCAGAUAAGAAACCAGCAUCUAAUGUUUGCAGUUGCAAGGAAAGCUGUUUUAAAAUUUACACAGCAGAUGACAUGGUGGAAAUAUUUACCAAGCUACAUGAUAUGGAAACCAAAACUCAACAAGGCAUCUACUUGCAGUCACUAAUGAAGAUUUCCCCAGUUAUAUGUCAAAGAUCUAGACCAGGUUCUGCUUCUGCAAAACCAAAAUCUUCCGUAGUUACCAUAUUAUGUACCAUAUUAUGCACAAUGGGGUUCGUACUAUGAUAUGUAAAAAUUGAUUUAUGAAAUCAUACAAAUGUACUUCUAAAUAGUGUUACAGGCUCUCACAUCUGUUAAGCAAAACUACAGUAGAUAACAGCUAAGCAAAACUACAGUAGAUAAAAUAGGCAGAAAUGUUUCUGUUAAUGCCAUUCCUCAUACUGUAAUCAAUCGUUUGAGAGCUCAUAUUGAACAAUAUCCUAUAGAAACUCAACACUAUACUGGAAGAAAUAAAAAAUACUUACCAGCUAAUUUGGACGUAAAAACCAUGUAUGAGAUGUUUAUAAACAAACAGAAAUAUUUUAAUAA